AUGGUUAUGUCAUGGUCCAAUCCAAUUGAGGUCCGGGAAGCGCCUCUUGGUGUGGUGGUGGCUGCCAGUGCAGUAGAACGCUGGCCUAAGCCCAGGGAGAGUCUCUUCUUCAAACCCCUUCCCCCAAUCAAAUGUGGAGACGGCAUUACUGUUCGAUUUUGUAAGGGACUACCUUUGUGGUUCCAUGGAUUAUUUGAGAGAGUACUUAAACUAGUUCCAGGUUAUAAGACAAUCUAUGAUACGAAACUGAAGCAUCACAGGGCUAUAAAGCUGCUAAAAGAAAUAUGGAAGCUAGUAUCAGAAAUUGAUGAACUUGGGCCCCUGGAAGACGAAGCAGUUGAAGCAAUGUUCCUAGCUACUGAGCUUGGAAUCAUUGAAUUCCUCAACGAGAUCAUCUACAAUUGUCCUCAGCUUCUUUCUCAAACUUGUCCCUGGUUUGAAACAGAAGAGCCAAACAAUAUAGGCCAAACUAUAUUUCAUUAUGCAAUCAGCAACCACCAAGGAAAGAUCUUUCGCCGCAUCCAUGAUCUAGGCCCAAUGAAGAAUGAUAUCACGAGGUUAGCAGACAGAUCCAAGAACCUUAUGUCACAUUUGGCAGCAAAAUUGGCCCCUAUGCGUUGUCUCAAUCAAGUCCCGGGUGCAGCUCUCCAAGUGCAACAUGAACUACUAUGGUACAAGGAAGUGGAAAAAAUCAUGCCUCCAACCUAUAAAGAAUUUAAAAACAAGGCUAAGAAGACACCGAGAGUUUUAUUCACAGAGGCGCAUCAAGAGCUAGUAAAAGAAGGGGCAACUUGGAUGAAAGAUACAGCAACACAAUGCAUGGUCGUUGCAACCCUUAUCACCACAAUUAUGUUUGCAGCAGUGUUUACUGUACCAGGUUCCAGCAAGGAGACUGAUACUGACAAGCCCAAGUAUAUACAUGGAAAGUUUCCUAUAGUUUUUGUUACGGCAAACAUACUUGCACUUUGCUCUUCUGUUGCUUCAAUGUUGAUGUUUCUAGCCAUCAUUACUUCACGCUACGCAGAAGAAGACUUCUUAAAGAAAUUGCCUCAAAGGUUGAUCUUGGGACUUUUCUUCCUCUUCCUUUCUAUAGUGGGGAUGAUGAUAGAAUUUGUUGUAGCUGUCCUAGUUUUACUUCACUUCAAUGUUCUAUGGAUCUCCUUUCCGAUCGUAUUUUUAGCUAGCGUCCCAAUUAUUAUAUAUGCUCUUGUGGAAUUUCUCCUAUUCAUAGAAUUGGCUUUCGCCACAACUAGGAUAGAAGGAUUUGGAAGGAAAAAAUAA